UGAGAUACAGUGGAGCAGAAUGCGAGGAUUUAUUGCCAUUUUUCUCUUUUCCACAUUUGUCUGCUGCGUCAGGGCUAAGAAGACGCGGUGGUGCACAGUAUCUGAUCCUGAGCACAGGAAGUGUGCAGAGCUUGCCAAAGCUCUGGUGGCAGUGCUGCCGCCCGCCGCCGUGGCUGCUUUUGCCAGACUCUCCUGCAUCCGAGCGUCCAGCACAACAGACUGCAUCGAUAAGAUCAGGGCUAACCGUGCUGAUGUAGUGACGUUAGAUGCAGGAGAAGUUUACUCCGCUGUGAAGCAGUUUGGGCUUGUUGCCAUAGCAAAGGAGAUAUACAGUGAAGGAGGCUGUAUUCUGUCUGUUGCUGUGGUGACAAACAGCAGUCUGGACAUUCGCUUCCUUCAGGGCCACAGGAGCUGUCACAGCGGGGUUCGAUGGACUGCUGGAUGGAGUCUUCCUCUUGGCUUCCUGCUGUCCCGAAACUACCUGAGCUGGUCAAAGGAGCAGCCGCUCAGUCAGGACGUCAGUACCUUUUUCAGUGGCAGCUGUAUUCCUGGAGCUGCAGCCAUUGCUCCUGCUCUUUGCGCUCUGUGCCAGGGCCAGAAGUCCUACAUCCGCCAGAAGAACUAUCAUUGUGAAACAUCCCACAGUGAGCCCUUCUACAACAGCCAAGGAGCCCUCAGAUGCCUGAGGAGCGGGGCAGGAGAUGUUGCAUUUGUGGACCACUUAGCUCUUGAAAGCAUUGAAGGCAGCGAGAGAGACCAGUUCAGGUUACUGUGCACAAACGGCACUCAGGCUCCUCUCAGCCAAUACAGAACCUGUCAUCUGGGUCGAGGUCCAGGUGCCGGCAUGGUCACAAGAUUUAACUUCCGGAAGAUCGCUCGCAGAUUUCUAACGACAGUGCAGAUGCUGUUUGGCCUACGAGGAAGGGAGAGGCAGCGCUUCCAACUCUUCAACUCAUCUGCUUUUGGAGAAAACGACCUUCUCUUUAAAGAUGUGACGGAUAAACUUGCUAUACUGGUAGACGACAUGGACGUCAGUCAGGUGCUGGGGCUGGAUUAUGUGGCUCUCCUCAAAGGUCUCGGACAUGAAGGAAGCUCCCUUGAGGACAGUGUUGUGCGAUGGUGUUGUAUCAGCCAUGCAGAGCAGAUGAAAUGUGAGCAGUGGGCUCUCAAUAUAAAGUCUGACCCCCUGGUGUGUGUCAGAGCUGUCUCAAUGCGCGACUGCAUUGAGAAAAUUAAGAGGGACGAGGUAGACGCUGUCUCUCUGGAUGCCACUCACACUUUCAUCGCAGGGAGAUGUGGUUUGGUCCCUGUGGUCACAGAGUAUUAUGAGAAGGACAGAAAAUGUGUGCUUGCUGAAGGAUCGACCCAUUUAGAGACAGAUGUGCUGCCCUUAGUGGUGGCUGUAGCAGUGGCAAAACGUUCCAGCAAGAAUGUCUUUAUUGGAAACCUGGGAGGGCGUCGUUCCUGUCACGGCCACAUGUACAGCCCGGCAGGUUGGCUGCUGCCAUACAGACACACACUGAGCCUGGAGCACAACAGCAGCUCCCCCUGUGAUCCAAACCAAGUUUACAACAACGUGUUCUGGAAAGGCUGUCUUCCUGGUUCUCAGGGCAAUCUGUGUAAAGUGUGUAUGGGAGGUACGGGGGAGGCAGCCACCAAACGAUGUGCUGACAAUCACAAUGAGCGUUACUACGGCAACAUGGGGGCGUUAAGGUGUCUGGUUGGAGAUCCCAGUGGUAAAAGCUACGGUGAUGUGGCCUUCCUUGAGCAGCACAACCUUCAUGACAACAUCCUCAGUUUGAGCUCCACUGGUUGGGCAGAGGGCUGGACGUCAUCAGACUUUGAGCUGCUCUGUGGUGAUGGGCGUCGGGCUCCACUGUCAGAGUGGGAGAGCUGUAACCUUGGAGUUGUCCCUCCAAACACCGUCAUGACGCGACCUGUGUUAACAGCGAGAGUGUAUGACUUCCUGAUGAAAUCACAGGAAACUUUGACAGCUAACCCAAACACUGAGUUUAAGCUCUUUGAGUCUCAGCAGUACGGAGAAAGUGAUCUGCUGUUUAAAGAUGCAACUCAGUGUUUGGUCCACACGAGUCACAUGACCUCCCAAUCCAUCCUCGGAGACGAGUUCUAUAGUCACGUAGAAAGUGUCUUUAACUGCACACGCUCUGAUAUCCUGGAGUUUUGUGACCAGGAUGUGUGCAGCAUUUUCUAAUGGACGUCAUGGUUAUGUUAUUCAAUCCCCCAUCCACAAACUUGUUUCAUCUUAACAAGAUUACUUCAAAGCACAACUGGUGUCAUCUGGUCUAACAUCAAGAUCAGAAUUGAGUAUAAAAGCUGAAGUGGCUUACCUUUAAAAAAUAAAAUAAAAAUGUGUCUUUACCCAUUUCU